UGAAGGCGUCCCCGAGAUGCAACAAUAGUGACAAUCACAUGCUAGUGAAAAUUCCCGAGGCGAAGAAAUGACAUAACGCAGACUCUUACUUUCAACCACGCACAAGGUCUAGUCAGCCAGAGCAAAACUUUUCCACUUUCACUGCACUCCACUCAGGAUUAAGUUCUACUUUUUCCUUUUGACUACAGCUUAGAAGAACAAACAAGCCGAGGAUGAGGUGUUUUCUGGCUGUGCCCAAUUGGUGUCACUGGGUCAAAGUCCCUUCGGCUCCAAGCAGUAUGCCUCUUCCUCCUCGCCCCUUUCUGCGUUGCGUAUGACGAACAGCCUCCCCGGUGAUGACGAACGAAGCGCUUUGCAAUCUACAUGCACCACGAGGUGCCCCACGGCUGUCAGGCGAGCGAGUCUUCCCAGCGCAAGGAAUAUUUCACUGAGUGCUUAGGAUACGUGAAAGCGUAAACAUGAACAGCAUGCUUGUGUUGGGAUAUGGUGGCAGCAAGUCGAUGGUUUCUGUGUCCGUUCGAUACGCGUUCGAUGAUCUGGUGGCCGUAGUGCUCGUCGUUCUCUGGAGUGUGUGCAGUAUCGGUGCGGCUGGGCCGGCGUCUUAUCAGUGCGGACGGCAGCAGAUCAGGGACGGAAGGAUCGUCGGCGGUGAAGAUGCUUACGACGGCGAAUUCCCUUGGAUAGCGUCAGUCCGUCUCUAUGGGCAGCAUUAUUGCGGCGGCACAAUUGUUCACAAGCGUUGGAUUGUCACGGCGGCCCAUUGCUUGCGGAGCAAGGCGCCGCAUUACUUUACGGUGCGCGUCGGCGAAUACAACGUGAAGAAGGCGGAGAAAGAUCACGAUACCCAAGACAUUCGCCUUGUCCGUUACGUCGUCCACCCACAGUACUCCAUCCCAAAGCGGUACAACAACGACAUCGCCCUGCUACACUUGGCGCGGGAUAUCGAAUUUAACCGAUACGUGAUCCCAAUUUGCCUGCCCAAUACUACAGAGGACAUGUCUGGAAAGAUAGGUGCCGUUGCUGGUUGGGGAAAUGUCAAGGACGUCGACAAUGACGUUAUGGCCAGCACAGUUCCGGGACUUCGAAAAGACGUCCUGCAGAAAGUAACCGUCCCUCUACUGACGAACAACGUCUGCAAUGCGUGGUACCAAAAGGCCGGCAAAUUCGUCCGUCUUCAGGAUUCUCAAAUCUGUGCUGGCUACGAAGAAGGCAAGAAAGACGCCUGUCAGGGUGACUCUGGAGGGCCGCUGAUGUACCAGAAUGACACUCAGUACGUCCUCAUUGGGGUCAUAUCAGCAGGCUUUGGGUGCGCAAGGGCGAUGCUCCCGGGCUUGUACACACGAGUGUCAGAGUACGUGUCGUGGAUAAACAAGUACAUCGCCUCGUGAGAUCUCCUUCAGCAGAGGAUCAGUGUUGUCGUGGCAGUUGAGUGCUGAAGAUAGAAACAAUAGUCAGUACCUCUAACAUGACUGCUUUCUAAUCAAGGUGUUGCAUCGUGGCCGUUCUGUGCAGUGUUCCUCUGUGUGAUAAGGUGACGUGACCCAAGAGAUUUGAAACAUGCCUCGAGUGACGGAUACCGUGUGUAUCCAUUCUGGUCAAAGCAGGAAGGACUGUUUUAUUCCAAUGCUCUCUUGUGCUAACUGGAGCUUCAUUAUCAACUUCAUUCGACUGCAUAAUGUGAUCAUGCAAUAGAUGUGCUCCAAUUCCUAGUACGGCACGCAUCCUAAAAGUCAUCUGUCAUUGUCAACUACUUGUCAUUGUGUUAUAAUAGCAAGUGUGUAAGGUUACCGCUGAAAUGAAGGGCAUUGUAUGACAAUGUUCCACCACUCUAGUGACUAUGUCGUGGAGCAAACUGUUUGUCGCAUGUUGAAAUUCCUCAUGAUGCUGAGCGUAAGAUGCCUAAACAGGAACGUGUCACAUCUCAUUCGCCCUGGAGAAUAACGGAAUGUUGACGGCGUUGUAAUAAGUGUGAUUUGUACUUAAAUUUGUCUCAUGUUA